AUUUGAGGACAAUCUCUAAUUAGCAGCAAGCUUACUAUUCUUCUCUUAUUACAUUUUAAAUAAAAUACACUUAUACACACACAUUCACUCACAUUUGAAGAUGCAAGAUGAAGAAAGUUACAUGACCUUGAAUGUACAGUUGAAAAAAAGGAAUUCUAUCCAAACAUCCCAACUUAAAUAUCAAGAUUGUUCUCUGAUGUUGCGCUGGUAUAAAAUCUUACUGGGGAUAUCUGGAACAAUAAAUGUUAUUCUGGUUUUGAUUUUGAUCACUCUGAAUCUGUUAGUUUCUCAGGAAGUGUUGCUAAAGUGCCAAAAAGGAAAUAAUUCAAAUAUCACCCAGCAUGAUGAUAUUGGACACCUGAAAGUGAGUAGUGACACAAGAGGAGAUAUAAGUAAGAAGAAUGCAGGCCACUGUGUUUCAAAAGCUACAGACCAUCAAGGAAUGUGCCCGUCAGAAUGGCUCAAAUAUCAAGAAAAGUGUUAUUGGUUCUCUAAUGAGAUGAAAAGUUGGAGUGACAGUUAUGGAUAUUGUUUGGGAAGAAAAUCUCACCUACUAAUUAUUCAGGACCAACUUGAAAUGGCUUUUAUACAGAAAACCCUAAAACAAUCAAACUACGUGUGGAUUGGGCUUAACUUUACUUCCUUGGAGAGGACAUGGACCUGGGUGGAUGGUUCUCCAUUGGAUUCAAAGAUAUUUUUCAUAAAAGGACCAGCAAAAGAAAAUAGCUGUGCUGCCAUCAAGGAAAACAGAAUUUACUCUGAAACUUGCAACAGUGUUUUCAAAUGGAUUUGCCAAUAUUAAAAUUUUUAAAAGCAAUUGUAGAAUAAUCAGGGAUCAAAAUUUUUUUUUUUGCCUAACAUGAAUCUUCAGGAGUAAGAAUUCAAAAUUGCAAUUAAACACCAACCUCUCUUCUCUAUUUUUCCUUGUUCAUGGGUCCUAGCUACAGAUUAACCCAUGUUAACAAUCUAAAAUAUACCCUUCUGAUUCUUUAUGUGAUAAUAUAAUCCAGAGUGAACCCAUGCAUUUAUAUUCAUGAUUUAAUUCACCUUUUCUUUUACAACAAAUGUGAACAAAUUAUGUCUGCUUUUC